UAAAAAUCUAUUUUUGUUCAGAAAGCUAUGACCCUUGUCUCAUGGGCUGGACACAGAAGCAGCCUUCCUUUGGUCCACUUCUGCAAUCACUUCUUUCUCAUGUUCACCGGGCAGGACACAAACAUCAAGGAGAAACCUGUGGGUGACAAUGGCCUUAUUCCUGCAUUCCACAAUCUUGCUCCUCUCCAGAUGUUUUGGACUACAAAUCCCAUCAGCCCCAGGGGGUACAGCUUCCUUACCCUAUCAAGCGCCCAAACCCGGCAUGUUUGAUCCGCCGGCUGCUGCUGUUGCUGCUUGCAAGCUCCGGGACUCCGGCAGAGCCCGGGCGAAGGAUGGAAGAGCAGCCCCGAGGCUCCUAAGAAGGCAUUAAAAAGCGAUCUCCGAGCGAAGAAGCGCGCCCGGCGUGUUUGGAGAGGAAUCCAGAUAAUAAUAAGAAUUAUUAUUAUUAUUUUUGCAAGGGGUGGGAGACGCAUCGCCCUCCUCUUUCCUCUCUCCCUCCCCCCCCCAUCUCCACCAUGGAAGAUGGUGUGAAGGAGGAGACCCCAGAGAAGCCAAAGUGUCCUACUAAAGCGGAGAAAGCUGGCUGGAUCAGGAAGAGCAGUGCAGGCCUCUUUGGUCUCUGGAAGGAGCGUUACAUCCAGCUGUGCAAAACCAAACUGUUAGUGUACGAAGAUGAGGAUGAACAGAAGUGUGUCGAGACUGUGGAGCUGGAACGGUACGACAGGUGCCAAGAGUUGCGUGCCCUCCUGAAAAGGAAAAAUCGGUUCAUUUUAAUCCGGUCUCCGGGUCACAAGGUGCAAGAUAUCAAAUUUCAGGCAUCCAGUGGGGAAGAAAAGGAGUCGUGGAUGAAAGCUCUCAAUGACGGCAUCAACCGGGGCAAAAACAGAAUACUGGACGAGGUGAAGGUUGAUCCAGACCUGUCUCUGGAACACGUGACACGAAACAGAGCAAAACUGGCUCAGGGCCGUCGUCCACCAACCAGAUACCAUCUCAAAGAGGUUGCCAGUGGGGUGUCAGAUGGGAUCCUGAGGCUUGACCUGGACGUACCAGACAGCGGCCCUCCAUCCAUCAUGGUGGACACCAGCGAGGCUGCUGACGUUCCUCUUCCGAAGGAGACUCCCAAACCACCCAUGCCACCUACGAAACCGCCUAUGCCUCCUUCGGAGAAGCCAAGCACUGACUCCGUGCCCAAAGAUGUAGAAGCCAAGAAACCCCCCAUGCCUCCUGCGAAGCCCCUUAAGGAAACCGCAGCACCCGGUGACAACGCAGACUCUGCGGAAGAUGUUGCUGCUACAGGCGAUGACGCCGAAGAACCUGAAGCCACCCUAGAUGGAGAGGACCUAACGGAGGCCCACAAAAACAAUCCCAAAGUUCCAGUUCCUCCUCUAAAGAUCUUAUCUGAUAAGAUGAGGGUGACAUGGGACAGUCCAGCUACCGAGCAGCUGGAGGACGAGGCCGUUGAUCUGUCUGUGCACGGAAGUAAAGAAAAUUUAUCCGAAGCAGCCAAGGAGACACUGAAACCUCCAGCUCCUCCUCCUAAGGUUCUGUCGGAGAAGUUGAGAGCCAGCAUGAAAUUGAACAGGAACAGUUCAGAGGUGGAUUCUUCUGAAGGUGGACGCCCACCUGAUGUCCCGAACGGUGAAAGCCCCGGUGUUGCUGGCGAUGAAACCUCUGAGACUGUUUUCCAAGAUGGAGAGGAGCAGGGAGAAGCUUUGUCAGAGCAAGAAGCAAAUAAGGAGAGUUUGGACUUGGCGACUAAAGAUCAGCUGCCCUCCUUGCAACCUGAAGGAAAUCCUCCAGUUCCCAAGCCUCGCUGUGCCUCCGUAGGGGACCUGCUCUUGGAACCAGCCAAGAAGCCCCUUCUGGGACCACUCCUCCAGCGGGGAGCUGCCUCCAAAGUGGCCCAGAUGGAGAGGAAAGUGGCCAGUGAGCAGGAAAGAACAGAGAAACUUCUGAAGGAGGUUUUGCGGGGGGGAUUUGAACAGGCCCAGGAUGGCAGCAACGGGCCUCCGAUCUAUGCUGAGACGUUGCUCAACGAGGCGGCAAAGCAGCUCCAGCAAGCCUCGCAGGUCUUGCAAGAGAUCAGAGAUUUAGGAGAACUGAAAAAGGAACCGGCUGAGCUUCGGAAAGGGGCGCAGAAGGAUCUAGUGACUCUGUAUAGGAGAAGUGCUCCCUGAAAGGAAGGCGCUUCUGCUUUUUGUGGCUUAGCUGAAAUGUUGCCAUAUCGCAGCACAACUUUCCACUAUUCCGCUAGGUCGGUGUUUUGAAAACGGGGGGAUGUCAUCUUGCUGCGCACUGCUAAGAAGGAGGGGGGAAACGUAAUUUUAAAGUAUCGCUCUGAUGAGCUGAAGCUGUGGGCUGGAACCCCCUGGUGGGUCAGGUGACAGCAGCAGGGGGGUUAAGAGGACAAGGGAAGGGCUUCUCUCUGCUCUUUUUCUUGCUCUCUUGGAGACCCAUUGCAGCAGUUCUGCAAGCAGCAACUGAAAGCCUAGAUCAUCUGAUGGUUAUUUACUUCCUGGCAAGAGAGUAGAGGGAAAACAGGGAUGGGACACCUCCUGAAACCCACCUUUAAUAGCCAUUUGUCCUGACCCACAAGAUUCUUGCAAGUGGAAGUGAUAACACAAACUCUAGCACAUGAGAAUCUCCAUAAACCUACCAGCUAAAGCAGGUGGUUGGUCUGAAGUUUGGGAACUGCCAGUUUAUGGAAACAGGGUGUGAAGAGUCACUAACUACUUGCUGUGAGACUCCAGUCAGAGACUUAAGCAAGCACUUAGGGGACGUGGAUAGUAACCUUAUUGCAUUCCAGCAAUGGCAGAAUUCCUAUGCUUGCCAGGCUAGCCAUCCACUGCAAAUUGCAGAGGAUGGGGUGCAUGGCACUCCCCCACAGGAAGCCAGCGCAUGCACAGCUCUCCCUAACUCUCUUUUGUUUUUUAAUGUGGAGAUGACCUUACUGUGUGUUCUGUUAGAUGCGCAGUGAAGGAGGAGAGGGCAUGCACCUUCAUUCCCACCACGCAAAUGGUGCAGCAGCUUUGGCAACCAUAUGAACAAGGGGCUAAUGUUAGGAAAACGACCCUUGCAAGACCCAUGAGCAUAGGCACACACACCCAACCCCCAGUAUUACUUUUUCUACACACCUGCUCCCCCUCCCCAAUGAAAUUAAUGCUAUCCAUUUCCAGGACUCGUGAUAUCAGAAUAACUUACUUUCAGUUCUGUUUAGUUGCUUUUUUCUCAUGCGAGCUCUUCUUGCACUCUGGGGCCUGAAGUGUGGGAACCUCGUGCUUAACAUUUUCCUCAGAUGCUUCUUUUAACAUUCACAUGUCAUUAAAAAAACAACAACAAUUGUGCGGGCAUUAAAUUGGCACCACAUUAAUAAACAAGCGAAUGGUGACUAAUCGUUUGCAGUGCAGGCUAGGUGGCAGGAAACAGUGGUACUUAGUACCUAUGACCCUGGCUGGCUUUCCUGGAGGAGGCCCCUUACCCACAGCCCCUCAAAUGGCCAGCUAGCAAAGCCUUGCCAUGGAUUUCAUUUUCUCUGUACACUGGCAAGCAAGCGGGGUGGCGUGGAGGCAGAGAAGGAUGCAUCAGUUUUCAUGGGAGGAAGAGAGAUUUCUCGUUGGGGCUUCUUGUUGCUGACUUCUAGCACAGUGGCCCUGUGCUCUUGCUGAAUACACCAUGCAACUAUUCCUGCAGGGUAAACGAGGAAAAUGAGUGAGGUGAACAAUGACUUAACAAAGCCCAAAGGGACGGGCUUAGCUCAUUUUUGCUUUUUCUGCACCUUUGAGGGUUGGAACCCCCUCCUCAAAAGGAAGGGAGGAAGGUAGAAUUCUUCAUAUUCUAACAAAGUGCCUCAAGAGCUACCUAGUGCCCACCAGUGUUCUGGAUCACCUACAAAAUUGGUGUAGAUCAGAGCGCUUUAAUACAAAGCACAGUGUGAAUGCCUAUGACAGGCUUGAAAACAACAACCUGUUUGGUGAAUAAAAUUGGCCUCCAGGUGGCCAGCCACAAAUAACUAACAAAUAUAUGUGUGGGCAAGUGGGCAAGCUGCCUUGAAGGGUUUGUUGAUAAGGCUUGGUUUGGCUCUAAAUGAGGAUGCUGGAAGGGCAGCCACCCUGCCUGUUGUGAGGCACAAUGGGGGCUGAAUGGUUCUCCAGGGUGGCAGGAGGCUUUUGUCCCUUGACUUCCGGUUCUUCUUCCAUGGUGCCCCACAUGACUUCAGAGCAUAUUUCUUUAAUCCUGACCUUGGCCCUAGUACCAGGGCCUAGCAACCCUCAAGCAAUUGCUGGGACCUCUGCUGUCCCAGCAGCCUCCACCAGUACUGACACUUGCACAUGACACUUGCACCUUCCUACUGUGGGUUGUCUAGCUCUUGUUUAAGCAUUUUAUAUUCCCAUUUAAUGUCUCACAAUACCCCAGAGUUAUGCUGUGCUGGAGGAAUUGUGGGAAAUGUCAAAUGGUGGCCUGUAGGUGCCCACCCCAGCUGCCAUGGAGGGACCUGCCAAUGUAAGGGGACUCUCAAAUUUGGAGCUGGCCCUGAAAAGUUGUAAGUACACCACAAAAGUGGGGGGGGGUCCCCCAAGCAAUAGUUAACAACCUCAUUAUGUUCACUCAGGUUAGUUCCCUUGCCUUUCUUUGCUUUCCCAGCUUGGCCUUUGGGGAGCUGAGCUGCUCUGAUCAUGUGACUCAUCACAUGAUUAUAUCUAAGUUCUAGUUCUCCAAACUUGGAGCAAAACUGGAUUGAAGCUGGGCUCCUCUUUAGCAUAUAUGCAAUUGUUUUGCACUAGCAGCUUGCCUUUUAAAUAAAGGGUGGUAGAUAUUUGUGUUUAGGGCUACUUCCCUCCCCAUUACUGUUUUAGGUAUACCCCACAAUGGCUUUUGUGCGUGCCUAAAAAAUGUAUGAUUGUGAACUUAACACAAGUUUGCAAAAAGAGCUAGUUCACACAUGCCUUUUCAUCUCCAGCAAAGCAUCGCGUGGAGAUCUGCACAUGUGAACAGGCUGCCAUCAACCUCAAAAAGAGAUCACACAUCAUCUCUUAACAUAGUGCUUUUUUAAAAA